CUCGUCCUCAUCAGGUUGAUGACGGCGCCAGAGUUCGCGGAUGUGGCGUUCCUUGUGGAGGGUCGUCGACUAUUGGCCAACAAGGCAUUGGUAAUGACCCGUAGUGAGCAUUUCUGCGCUAUGUUCUACUCUUGUGGGUUGAGAGAGGCGGCAGCUGCUACUACUGGAAGAUCUCAUCAAGGUGAUGGAGGAUCGGCGUGUGUUCCGAUAACUGACGUCGACUAUGAAACAUUCAAUUUGCUUUUGGAAUACAUCUAUACCGAUAAGGUCAGUCCAGACCUCAACACAGGGCAGGCUUUGUCGUUGCUAAUCACUGCUGGAAUGUUCUGUAUCGACAGGUUGAGGGUGGAGGUAUUGAUAACAGCCCAUCAUCAUAAUGCAGAUGGUCUUAAAGAGAUCUGUCUAGAGUUUUUAUUAUCAAACGAAGAGGCGUGUAAGCAUCAUUCUGAUGGCUUUAAGGACCUUAUUGGGGAGCCCCAGUUGAUGUAA